CGGGGAGGGGGGAGGGGAUCUGCGGCCCUGUCCUGGAGUGCCAGUCUCACGCCGCCAGUUUUAGCGCUGUGCGUGUCCGUGGCGCACGUGUCCCGGCCAGCACGCCGCUCUACUGUCACUCACACGCCGCCGACCCUCGCCAGCGUCCGCGUCCCUCUCCUCCCGCGUCUGCUCGGUUCGCCGCCAAUCGCUGAGGACAUCGCCUGGACGCUCGAAUCGGCGCCAAACGCACGUGCCCCGAGAAGCGCUAGCUUCCCCUUCUGCAGCCUCCAGCGAACGCGUCCUGGCCGCCACGCGCCUCUGGCCUCCACCACCGCCACAGUGCCGUUGUGGUGGUGGUGACGAGGUGGGGGAGGUCAUGGUAGCGCGGGCGUUGACGGAGGCAGCUCAUGUGAUGCACAACAAGAUUCCUGGCGCAGCUCCCCCGAGGAAGGCGUCACCGCGGACGCGAGUAGCAGGCCCUCGGAGCGCAUGAGACGUCAGAUCGCCUAGAAAGAAAGGAUUAAGGGAAAUAUUUCGCUUGAAGAAGGCAGACGCAGGAGACGCCUUCACGAACAUGUCUGCGUGACGUCCCGGCGCUCCGGCUCCGCGGGCGUCGACACAGCACAACCGUGUGUAUUCCCAAGCGGGAAAUUCACGGCAUAUCAGGCUCAGUCAGUAUUGAUAGUGGGCGAUAACUGUUAUCACUGCAGCCAAUUUUGAAGUUCGUGUCCCCCGUCCCGGGCGCCUCCAUGACCAAAGCGUGUCGCCGGAACGGCUUCUUCUCCGCCCAUCCUCGCCCAUACGCCCACACCCUCCAUGCUCAGCCUGACCGAGCGAGGUGUCCCACAAGUGCCCUACGUCAAAAUGGGUAGGAUGCCUCACAUCCUCGACCUCCACCAGGCCAUCGUAAGUGGCGACGUGGCCAGCGUGGCCCGGCUGGCGGGGAGCGAGCUGGACCUGGGCUGCCCCGUGCGCGGCACCACCGCCCUCUCGCUCGCCGUCUAUCGCGGGGACCUCCAGGCCCUCAGGUUGCUCAUAAAGGCUGGGGCGCCCCUGGACAGGCGUAGCAAAGACCAUCUGGAACGUCUAGAAACACCAAUCAUCUCUGCCAUCAGACUCCCUUUUUUUCGCCUGAAAGCAACGCCCAGCUUCGUCAAGGUGCUGCUCAAGGCGGGCGCGCCCGUGGAUUUCACUCGUGCCACGGAGAAUCCCCUCAAUAUCGCCAUGCAGUUCCUCGGAUACAGAGGGCGGCGCGAAAUGGCCCUCGAGCUAGUGGCCGCGGGAGUGCCUCUCACCCUUGAGGACUAUAAGGGCCACUCGCCGCUCUACUGGGCCAUGAAGCACAUGGAUUUCGAGUUCUUCAGGCUACUGGUCGAGGCGGGAGCCCCCCUCCGAGAGUACGACUGGUUGGCGCCGCCGCACUUGCCGCGCCUCUGGCUGGAGGACGCGGCGAUCAUGGCCUGGCUGCGCAGGGAGAGCAAGACGCCGCCUCCGCUGAAGCGCCAGUGCCGCACCGCUAUCUACGCCACCCUCAGGGCCAUCCACGGCACCGACGUGCGCCCGCUCAUCCAGCACAUCACCCUCAGCGGCAACGUCCUGCUGCCGAUGCUUCUGCAGAACUACAUUCUGCUGGAGGGCCCUCUGAGCUGCGCCGCCGCUAACCCGCCCACGCACCUCCACACCGGCCAGCUGGAGGUUGUCCCGGCUCCGGCGCCCAUACCGCUGUGACACCUGCCUGGGGGCCACUCCUAAUGGCUACCGAGGCUGCCUUCGCGACUGGAAUGAAACCUCAUCGAGAACCACGAAUCGAAAGGCUCGAAGACACUACUCUACACUCAAACCAACAUGCAGUCGCUGCACAAAGCUUGGGCGCAGGAAGAGUAAAGUCACUCAGAGCUACGGGCAGCAGGAGCUUUAUGCGUGGCUUAAGCCCGGCCAAACGAUGCAGUCUGAGCAGUAGUAGCCAGCGACAAAACAGGAUGUGGUGCCGAAGCAAGUCAGUAGGUGCCUCGGCUUUUGUGAAAAUAGUGGAAAGCCUAGCAGUGGUAAGGCGACCAUGAAAAUAAGUGUCUGCAAGGGAAAAAAAGGAGAAACACCGAUCUAUUAUUAAAAACUUUUUGGCAUUAUGGGAUCCAGUAACACGAUUUGGAGUCUUGAGUGACCGUGUGACAGUCGCUUCAGAUGUGACAAGUAUGGACACUCGUCAGCGUGAAGGGCAAGUGGGAAAACUGCACUGUCAGUGUUCUGGUGCUUUCCUCUUGUCGGUUCCAUAUUCUACCUCUACCAAAGAUUAGAAUUAAGAGAGAUUUCUGAUGACUGACAUCCCUUCAGUGCUAAUGAAAGAAGUUAAUGUGUUGUUUAUUUUUUUUUAAAGGAUAAGAUGUGCAAACUUUAGCAAGCCAAUCGGCUGUGUGGUUUUCUUUAGAAUUUAUUACGGUCUUUGAGAGUGGAUUUUGCUAAGAUAAAAUUAGUUUUGGAGUUCACUUUGUACGUGGAUGAGUGCCCAGCUAGUCAAUACGUAAGAAUCAUGUGUUCGCCCAGCUAGGGCAUAUGCACUGGCACAGUCUCCUAGAAACAAUCAAAUGUUUUGACUGUUAUUUAUUUGAUUUCUGUGAGAAUGUUAUUCCCAAAACAUUUCCAUUGUUUCUAGCGAAAGUGUCUGUUCGGCUAAGUUGGCGUGGACACAAGUCACGUGUUUGGUUUUGGUUCGUCUUUUAAAUGUCUUGUCCAGUGUGUUUAGAGUUAAAGUUUCCGGUGUGAUAGCAGAUCUCGGCGAGUCCAGCGUCUUUCGAGGCCCCCGCAGCAAGUCAGCAGGAGAGGCCCUCACAACAUGCCUUUGCCUCGUUUGAAUACACCCAGCCAUACCUGCUCCCCGGGCCAGUCUCGGAUAAGUCUUAAAGUUCAACGAUCAGUUUUGUUUUUUUCUGCUUGAUAAAAGGUACAUUAGCAAUCUGUACUAGUAUAAUAGCAUAGCCAGCGGAUAAUGUACAGAAUGUUUUUGUUUGCCAAUCUUGCGUAUUAUACAAUAGGAAAUAUCGAGGGCAGCCAAAGCGAGAGAAAGAGAAUAUUGAAACGUUAAAUUUUGUAAAUGAAACAUUUUGGUGAAUGGCAAGAAUUCUUAUACAAUCUACUAGAUUAACGCACAAUUUUGUAGUUGCUGUUGAUAUGCAAAAGAUACUGGUUGUAAUGAUUAACCUUUCAAAAGCCAAAGAUUUGCUCUGGAUUUGCGAAAGCUUACAGAAAGAAGCUCCGAAGUGUGGCGGACCUCAACUAGUACAUAUCUAUCAUUUCAGGAAACAAACAUUUCAUACAACAAAACGUCUAACAGCAAAGUUUUGCAUGUCUUCACUUUAGGGACAUGUUUUGUUUUUAUACAUUUCCUGCAUGACGUUAAAGCACAAAAUAUAUUCUCUUCCACGGCACACGUAUAUCAAAAUAAGCUUCCAGAAUGUUCACUUGUAAGGUAAUAGCAAUAUGUGCUCAAGCUAUGCAGUAACAGUAUUUAUUGUCUAAUUUAUUAUAAUUUAAUAUUUAUUGUUUAAAGAGAUGUGGAAAGAAGAGUGUAUAUCUAGUCAUUACGAUCUAUUAUUAUUUUGUCACUUAAUGCUGAAUACUGGCACGAAUAUAAGCAAACAUAUAUACGCACGAACUCAUUCAUGCAAUCAUACAAUCCGUGUAUCAUCACUUUAUUCAUGACAUGCUUUAAGUUCGUUCAUAAUUUCGAUGUGUGGAUAUAUAGACUGGUAUUGUCGGUUUAUAC